UGGUACUUCCUCUGCAGCCGGCGCCGCAACCUGCUCCGCAACCCGCGCGCCCAAGAGAAGUUCAAGCACUGGAAGCUGGACUGCAACGGGGGCGACAAGUGGAAGGUGGAGGAGCUGCCGGGCACUCACGGGAACAGCUUUCCCAGCCCUGCUGUGCGCAAAUACUUCGUCACGUCCUACGACCUCUGCCUGAAGUCCCAAAUCAUUGACUUGAAGAAAGAAGGAUACUGGGAAGAGUUGAUGGAUAAGCACCGGCCUGACAUCGUCGUCUCAGACUGGUACGCUGCCAGGUUUGAUUGCGGGUGCCGGUACCAGCUCAAAGUGCAGCUGCUCUCUGCAGACUACCUUGUCCUCAACGAGUUCUGUCCUGAGCCGGUGAUCAUAGACCAGUGGAGUGACGCGGAGUGGAAGGAGAUGUCUCACACCUUCCGCAACUACAAGCCGGGAGUUCGCUACAUCUUGUUUAAACACGGCGGGCAGGACACCCAGUUCUGGGCUGGCUGGUAUGGGAUCCGUGUGACCAACAGCAGCAUCACCAUUGGGCCAGGGACAUCGGCGUGAGAGGAGAGCAGGAAGAUGACCACUCCUGUCCACCUCAGGGCUAUCCUCAGAGGGCAUCACAGCAUACUUGGUCACCCGUGCAAUCCUUGAGGGCAUCUCCAGGCCAGUCUUACACCUGAAGUCAGCCUCUCUGGUCAUCUCAUUUUUCUGGUCUCCGUAUUUUCAUACCCUAGCUGGAGCCAGGAUCACUUGCUUCUCAGACUGAGCGCACCCUCCUGUAGGCCUUGCCCUCUGAAACAACCCUUUGUACGUUUGCUUCGCUCUCUUGACUUUAUCCAGUGCAAUUCAAAGAUUUCACGUGCCAGGGAACCCAAGGGUGCUGUCAGCUGAGGGCAUCUACCUCUGCUUAAAGCAAGGGUUAUCAGCUGUGGCUGAGUCACUUUGUAAGAGAAUUGGAACCACCUGCAGGAUUUGGGUUUAACAGAGACCUGAGCAGGGGGAGGGGAAAGAAGAGGACCAUGUCUGCAAGAGUCUAUAAAAUAUCUCUCUCGUCUCCAAAAAAAAAAAAAAAAAAAAAAAAAGCCUUUCUUAUUUAGCCUUGGGCCUGAGUCUUGCUUCAUGGAGAGCUUUGCUCUGGAGAGGGCUUUGCUCUUCAUUGGAUGGGGGAAUGGGCUUGGAAUCUCUUCUUCGAACUGUUUCAGGAACUUGAAUUUUUGAUGUGAGCAAGAGUUUAGCAUCCGACUAAACUCUGCUUCUAUGCCCUCUCCACCCUGAGCUCCCAGUCCUCUUUGGUCACAGGGUCUUUCCAGGAACAUAAAGACAAGGUGGAAGUGCUCUAGCUGAGUUUCAGCCAGGCCUCCAGGCCUCCUUGCUAUACUGUAACAAGACCCCUGGGCCCCCCAUCUCCCGAGUACCACAUCUCACUGACUCUCAGAAACUAGAGCCCAAUGGCAGGUGGAGCACAAUUGACCCAUUUGGUCCCAGGGAGCAUUUCCCCCAAACUUGAGGCCUCUUCUUUGUCCACCUGGCCUGCAGUGCAGUAGUGAGUUGAUGGGGGAAGGUGUAGUUACUCUUACACCCAGAGAGGGGCUUAGGAUUGGAGAGGAGACUCCCUCUUUGCAGAUGCUGCUUGCCUUAUCAUCUAAGGGCCCAGGUGGGUGAUGCUGUGAGCUGGCUUGAGGGAGCUCUCAGCCCUAUGUACCCAAAACACUUUGGUAUGUCAUGCCCUGGGGUUAUAGAGAGGAACAUGUACAUUGCACAUGGACAGAUGGAUUCUGACCAAUAAAAGCUUUUCUGAA